CAUAGAAACAACGUCGUAACGGUAGCGAUGAUCACCAGGAUGUCAUUCGUUACCUAGCCAAAGCGACGUUUUUAAAGUAUCCAUCGGAUAAAGAGUUCACCUUAUUGAUUUAAUUUUAGCUGAAUAACCCAACACUAUGGAGGAACCGUGGGAUUUUGAGUUUUUAUCCCGCAUCGCCGACAGCUGCUUGUCGUUCCUCUCCGAAUUUGUUGACGACUGGCUCGCCAACGAUAUGAGAGUCUCCAUAUUCAAAAUCUUACUCAGCUGGUUAAUUUUUAGCCUUAUCGCAAUUCACUUUGCGUGGAAAGUCUACGGGAAUACGGUGAACGAUAUGUAUUAUCGACAGGGGACUGGACAGAACGGAGGCACACCUGAUACAGCGCCCCACCUGAGUGGAUGGGAAAGUAGAGCAGGAGAAACCCUGAAGACGCAUCGAGAUUAACUGGAUAGCAGUGUUGGACUUUGGACUUUAUCCAAGUGAGAGCUGGACAGUUUACAUCUCCCAAAGACAUUGAAUGCACCAUCAUGUUUUGCUGAUAAUAAAGUAUCUUUAGUGCAUUCAAGAUGCAUGCACCUUCUGGUGACAGAGAAACAUUUGUUAUUACGUUUUGUGUAGAUCAACAGUGACACUAAAUCUAUACAUAGCGCUGUGAGAUAUUUAUUUUGGCCUGUCAACAUUGGUCAUUGAGAAGGACCUUUCCUUGUGUAAAUACCUAAAUUGAUCUAUUUGGCUAAUUGGUCAAGAGGCCAUUGUACAAAUGUGAAAAAUAUGAUGGUUUUGUAUAUAAAUUAAGGGUGCUUUAAGAACACAGUUUUGAUAGCAGACAUGGGAUUUUCAUUCUGACCAUGAACAAGAAAAAAUAAUUGGACUUGAUUUAAAUGAUGUAUGUAAGUAAAAAAAUACUUUUUAAAAUAGUAUUCCUUAACUGCAUCAACAGGAGUAAGUGAAUGAUGUGCAUGUGUUAUGAUUUGAAAGAUCCUUUGCGGUGGACAGGUUUUUUUUAUUUACAUCACUACUAUUUCAUAAAUAAUGCACAUCUGUUGGAAUAUAGAUCCAUGAAAAGCAGCUCAUGUCUUACAUUGUACAUGAUUUUCUAUGAAAUUUGAACCAGUAUUUCUCAUAACAUGUAAGGAACAUUGUGUGCACUUAUAGGGAGAUACCUUUUUAUAUACAGUUUAUGGGAGAUACACAGUGCCUGUCUAAAAUAUUCACCCCCUUUGGCUUUUUCAUGUUUUUUUUUUUUUUU